AUGUCUUCCAUUAAAACCGACCCAGAGAAUAUGUCUCUUACCCAAUCAAUGCUUCACAUGGACCACCACUCCCAAUCAAGGCAUAUCCCAGGAAAUUCUCAUUUGGCCUCAAGACCCCAGGAUGAUGAACUUUUGAGCCAGGAUAACUUCUCCUUGUGUUCAAGUACAGCCCACAGCCAUGACAACUCCGACAAGCCAUGGGCGAUGAAUGAUGUGGAUUCAAUUGACAGCAACUCCAUUGCGUCAAGCAAGCCUGACUCUCCAGCAGUUCAGAUGCUCUCCUUUCCAUUAUCUCAACAUGCGCUGCUGCACUCCGCAGUUGGCGCCAGCGACAUCAUGUACUCGGCUGGUUCCGAUUUCCAUGGUCUCCCUGACGUUGGCGAGCAAAAUGAUAUGGACUUCUCUAAGGCCCAGGACUACAACCACUACACAUCCCUAUUUGAUUUCUCUGCCUUUGAAAAUGAUGUCAACAGCCAGAACGGCACUCACACAUCUUGCACCCCAGAACACGGCUCGCCUGCCGGCGACGCCUGGAACUCCAUCGUGGACACCCGAUAUAACCAAGGAUCCGUGGACCAUUUCUCUGGAAAUGUUUUCCAGCACAUGCCUGUCUCUCCUCCCUUGACGGAAGCGAGCAAUGAUCUCUCUGUUACCUCUUCCUGCUCCCACUCUGGAUACCCCGCCUUCAUGUCCCAUGAGGAUGCCAUGUUGAAAGACAUCACAGCCACUCCCGUUGGCGGCCAAGGAAUCAACCUAGGAGACCCAAUCUUCCCUCUUACACCACCCCUAAACGAACAGGACCCCAACAGGACCAUCCGUCCAUCCAAGAGUGUGCGCAGGCCAACUUUGCAAUUGUCCCCAACCCAGCCACCGGUCAAACAGGAUUCCGAAUUUUUCCCACCACUUCCCGUGAAGGAACCACUCCGACCAAGGUCCAAGGAUGGCAGUGAGUCGCGAAACCCGCGCGACCACCCUUUCUAUUCUCUGCCUACCCACAAUGAUGGAAAGUACUACUGCCCCUUCGCCAAUGGAGACAAGCCUUGCAAUCACCCACCCACUACCCAGAAGUGUGCUUACCACAAGUACUUGGAUUCCCAUCUGAAGCCGUACCGCUGUAGGGUCCCGAGCUGUAUGGACGCUCAACUUCACUUCUCUUCCAAUGCAUGCCUGUUUCGUCAUGAGCGCGAAGCCCAUGGACUCCACGGACACGGAGAUAACCCCCACCUUUGCCUCUUUGAAGGAUGUGACCGUUCCAUCCCAGGAUACGGCUUCCCCCGCCGCUGGAAUCUCUUUGACCACAUGAGGCGAGUCCACGACUACGCUUCCUCUGAGCGCCCCAGCUCCCCGGAUGCUUCCCCCACCUCCAACCAGACCAAAAAAAAGGAAACCACUGGACGCAAGCGCCGAGUCACUGGUGUCAGCGGUGCUCAGACCAUGAAGCGAACCCGCUCCACCCAGUCCCAGACAAACCCAUUGAAGGCCCUCCAGCAGACCACUGCCCACUACGGUCAGAACAUCCAGGCCGCUGAAAGGAACUACUAUAACUGCCACGGACGUCUCCUUGAGCAGCUCCGCAACAUCAGCCCCCAGGAUUCUGCCAUGCACGACAAGGUUAAUGCCAGCCUCCAAGAGCUCAUUACCCUCGGGAUCACCUACCGUCAGGCUCAAGCCAGCCAGGCCGUUGCCCAGAUUACCAACGGAGUCCCUGCAUGA